ACGAAAGCUUAGCAUCUAAAACCAGUUCCUCUCCUUAGCCACCAAGAAACCCAUAACUCUACAUAAAACCAUCACAAGCUUCUCCAUUCUUAAGGUUUAUCUUUCAUCUUCAUCUGCAAGAACCUAUUACACUAACAAAACAAACACAUAUCAUUGUACAGAGAAGAUAACUGGAGAUAUGAGUGCAGACUGGGGACCAGUGAUUGUAGCAGUGGCUCUGUUCAUCCUACUCUCACCAGGAUUGCUCUUUCAGCUACCGGCAAGGACAAGAGUGAUGGAGUUUGGUAACAUGAGCACAAGCGGCAUUUCGAUUUUGGUCCACGCCAUUAUUUACUUCUGUAUACUCACCAUCUUGGUCAUAGCCAUACAAAUUCACAUCCAUUUCUGAUCUUCUAGUAUAACAAAGGCGACCUUAUUUGUAUUCAAAGUUUGCCUUUUUCUGCUACUUAUUUUGCUAAUCUCUGAAUUCUUGGCUCAUAGUGUUUCAAGCAGGGUGACAAAAAAUACAAAUAAAUAAUCUGUAAUUUUGUAUUUUCCCAAAUUCAAUUUCUUACCUUUAAUUACAAAGGUUCAGACUUUAUUUGGUAUAAAACAUUUACGAGCUCGC